AUGGCUCGCACCAAGCAAACUGCCCGAAAAUCGACCGGUGGCAAAGCGCCCUCGCAAGCAGCUGGCUACCAAAGCUGCUCAUCCGCCGCUACCAAGAAAAGCACUGAGCUAUUGAUUCGCAAACUGCCAUUCCAGCGUUUGGUUCGUGAGAUAGCUCAGGACUUUAAAACUGAUUUGCGAUUCCAAAGUUCAGCGGUAAUGGCAUUACAGGAAGCUAGCGAAGCCUAUCUGGUUGGUCUUUUUGAAGAUACAAAUUUGUGCGCAAUUCAUGCCAAGCGUGUUACAAUCAUGCCCAAGGACAUUCAAUUGGCCAGACGUAUUCGUGGUGAACGUGCAUAAGUUGAAAUUUCAGCGCUUCAUUUUCCAAAUUAUAAAAUCAAUAAUCGGUCCUUUUCAGG